AACGGAAGUGCCGAAAGUGUGGAUACCUUGGACUACGAGCCGCCCCCGGUGCUGCCACCGCGGCGCCCGCCCUGGCCGUUUAACAGCCCGAGCAGCACCGCCUCAAGGUACAUCGGGCAGCGCACCACCACAAUCGCCGCCACCACGUCCCCGUUGACACCGACGGCGGCUACGACGACUAUCACGUCGACGACGCCACUGACGACGACGCUUGUACCGGCGCCGUCCGCCUCUCAAGGCUCAACGACCUCCUCGUCUGCGCGAGUGUCGCCGCAGCCGCCACCCUUGACGCCGCCCCAGUAUCCUGCGCCUCCACGGCCCCCUAGUCGAAACGGUGGGGAUGAAGCGCGUGUCGCGAGGGCGAGAGGAAGCGGACGCGGAGCAUUACCGAGCCUCAUCCUCGCUAAUGGAACGCCCUUGUCGAGAGUGUCACCACCUCGCGCGGGCUGGGCAGUGCGGAUCAACGAGGCGAUACUUACUACCCCGAGUCAAUCAACUCAUUAUCAGCAGCAGCAGCAGCAGCAGCAGCAACAGCAACAGCAGCACCAUCAGAACCAACAGCAUACAUCGAGUCCAGGAUCACCGAGAGCCAUCGAACAAUGGGCUAGCGAGCGGGCAGCGUCGUCGGCUUUAUCGGUUCGUCGUUCCGCAUCACCAUCCUCGCCAGAAACAGCAAGGAGACCGGGAACAGGAUCGCCGAGAAGGACUCUCUCGUCGUCGAGUCGAGUUAGGCCGGGUGGCGCAGGCGGAGGUGGAGGAGGAGGAAGUGGAAGUGGCGGAAGAGGAGCAGAAAGGGGCGCAGAGAUCGGUAACGGUAUCCAUUUCGCGAAUCACUGGCAGGAGGAAGAAGAGCUGGAGGCGAAGAAGAAGGAGGAGCACCGGAAGCGUUGCGUGGACGCAGCGGCGCGUUGCCAAGCCGAGCAUCUUGAACUGAGAGGUCGGCCGAUGUCGCAGAACAAUGCGAUCGCGCCGCUUUCGCGGCCGCCUUCUUCGCAGACGAACGCGAAUGCCGCAAACAACGGUCUCGACACCGCCAGCACAGUCAUCAUCACCGACAACAUCGCCAACACCAACUCCAACGACGACGGAGACGCGCGCUUCGUUCAACAACAGGGCGUCGUCGGUGGUCGCGUGCACGAUCACAACCGACCGUUUCCGCCACCUAGAUUGCCCAGCGUGCACGUCGCGGCCGCCUCAGCCACUACCGCACCUCCCGCAGCCUCGUCGAGUCCGAGAGUAUUGGUCACCGCUCCGCUCAGUCCGCUCUCGAGCACCUUCCGGAGCAGGCCGAGGAACGUCGACAUUUCGAACGAGACGAACGCCCGGGGGUUGUUGUCGAACGACACGCCACCGAGAAGUCCCAUAAGCGAGGUGAGCCUCACCGUGCCUCGACCGGAUGGAGAGAGGGCAAUCAACGAGUACGUCGAGGCACCGUUCAAACAUUCGAACCAGGAGCGACGCGUCAUCGACGAUGAAAACAAACGUGGGAUCGGUACUGCUGAUUGCCCGAAGAUCGACCGAAGGCAUCGUCAGAAGGGUGUGACGGACGCGUCUGUCGCGGCGACACAUCGGUUGCACGCGAGUAGGACUCAAGCGUUUCGCGGAUUGAUCGCGAGCGGGACGAACGCGGCCGCAUCCGCGGAUUCGAUCGCCGCAAACACCGCGACACCGAACGCCGUGACCAAGCAGCCGGUCUCGUUUACCAAGGAACCGGCCAACAGCCUCGCCUCUAGAACUUACGAUCCGGCCGGUUUGUCGAUAAUGUGCAAUUUCUGCGGUCGAUGUCGCUGCGAGUCUUGUCGGGAACCGCCGCCAUUGCCGAGCAAAUGGUUGUGCGACAACAAAUGCUUCUGCUCCGCCGACACGAUCCUCGAUUACGCUUCUUGCUUGUGCUGCGUGAAAGGACUGUUUUAUCAUUGCGUGGACGGGAACGGCGGCAGUGGAAUCGACGGGGAGGCGGCCGGGAGCUGCGCGGACGAACCAUGCUCUUGUACGGGGAACAGGAGGGCCUCCAGGUGGGCUUGUCUCGGUGCCCUUACCCUCGUCAUGCCUUGUUUAUUGUGCUACUGGCCGUUCAAGGGCUGCGUCGCUUUGUGCGAAAUAUGUUAUGCCCGGCACGCCGCUCAGGGAUGCAGAUGCAACCCGAACACGAUCGGGAACGCCGGGAAUAGGCAUCAUCCGAUCGCCAACGACAUCGGGGACUCGAGGGAUCCGGAGAAAAGGUUGCUCGACCCGGUUACACCGGAACUCUAAUAGUUGGGUAUUCCGAUACCGGCAAUACACGUGGUAUAUCGCCGUCUCUCGCGAACAGAGAUGCCAAGGCUCUUUUAUGCACAGGAUUAUCGUGAGGGAGCAAAAUGAAAAAUUGCAUUAAGUACAAGAGUUGCAUUUAAGUUGAGAAACGAUAUCGAAGAUUCUGACGAAUUUGUACGUCUGACGUCGCGAGUGUUUUAUUUAUUAUUCUUCCAUGCGCGCGCGAAAGUGCGAAGCGAGCGAGAUAGUUUGAAAGAGCAAGAACGUGUACGAAUGGAAGAAUGCGAGUAUCGUGUAGUAGUGGUAGGAAGGAAAGGAGGAGGUGAAGGAGAUGAAGAAAAAGAAGGAGGAGGAGGAUGGAAGAUGGGCGAAGGGUAGAAAGGCGGCGGAGAAAGGGCGAGAAAGAUUGACAAUGUACUACGCGAGCGUGCGUAUAAACGCAGAGACAUACCACUUACGUAUAGAUAGGUCUAUACAUGAUAGAAUAUAUAAAUAGUACGCGCACACACAGGGAGCAAAUGCGAGCGUGACCAAGCGAAUGCGUGGUAACAGUAAGCGAGCGUACGAGAGAGAAAGAAAAGAGAGAGAAAGCGUGAAAGUAAAUAGACGAACCACUAAAGUAUAUUGAACGCGAGCACGUGUACGCGCGUGUACACGCGUUCCUGCUGUUACUUUGCUCGAAACGCGUGUACACGCGUCUACGCCUAGGUUAUAGAUAUGUAUAUUGUAUAUUACAUUUGUAUAAAGAAGAAACUUUUCUACGGUUAAUUUAUUCGUGGCUGCAUCGCCAAGUAACACAUAAAGUUUCACAGUAGGAGCACGACACGGAGAGAGGGGGCGAGAGAUGUUUGAUCAGCAGGCGGCGAAAGAAUUCGGAAGGCGUCCUGCCCGACUGGACUCGAUUAUUUUCUGAAACCGUGUUCCAGUCGCUUGCAUCUCGCGAUAAAAUACGUAUAUAAGAAUCGAAAAAGGAAGGAAUAAAGAUACGGAGGGGAAGAAAAAGGGUGAGGGGGGAGAAGGGGAAGAGACGGAGAAAGAAAGCUCUGAAAAGAAGCAUUGUCCGCGUUUCCGAGCGUUUUCCUCCGCUCGGUACACGAUGUAUACGCUUUUAUACUCGUUAACACUGUUGUAUCGAGCGGCCCUGUCGAGCGUUAGAGAGCGGUAUGACACGAGAUCGAGAUAAUGCACGCGUUCGGGCUGCGUGAGAGCGAGAGCGCUAUGUAAGUCUGUAAGAAUGAACGGUUGCAUCUAUAUGUGUAUCUGUGUGUAAGUGUUGGUGUACGUGUGUGUAUGCGUAUGUAUGUAUGUAUGCGUGUAUGGGUGUGCUUCAUGGGGACGACGAGAAUGCGGGCAGAUGGGAAAAGGACAAUUGCGUGGGGGCAUAAGCGUGAGGAGAAGAGAAGUACGGCACAGAACAGAACGAAUCAGGGAAGGGGGAGGAAAGAGCACAACACGCCUGAAAUCUCUUACGUACGUAUACGUAUUUAUAUACGUUAGGUAGUCGGGCGUCGUUUUCCAUUUCGUUAAUUCUCUUCCUUUUUUCCAGUAUUAUCUAGUCGUGCGAGUUUAAUUAAAUAUCGUUUCAUUAAGGUACGUGGUACAAAGCGAUACACGCGUCGUGCGGUGGUGUAGUUGACAGGCCGUUUCGCCGGUGUUGCUCCGCUCUUCUAUAACGCGAGAGUGAAUUCGCGACUCGGGAUCCUCUCUUUUUUUUUUUUUUUUUCUUCUUUCGCUUUUACGAACGCCGAUUUAACGUGUAUACACGGAUAAUCGCUUUCCUCGUUGGUUCGACUCUACUUCUCUGACCAAGAUUUUGAAAUAAUUAACGCCUUCGAGACUCUGGUGUUGUGGAGAGUCGAGCCGCCGCUCCAGCCUGGAGCGGCGUUUAAUUGCACGGUAACAGCGCUUCCCACGCGGACGGAAUUCACCGAACGAAGGUGUGUUAACUUUCCAUUCUUGCUCGAGCGGCUUGAUCGUUGAGGUAUGUCGACGUUCCACGGGACACCGUCAUCCUCACGACCACGAUCACGUUCGUUUCUUUUAUUGUCGAGACUGUCUAAACCGUUUUUCCAACAGAUACCACCGACACCACCGUUUUAUCCAUGUUUGAAACGCAUCGAACGAAAUAUACGAGUAGUCCUUGCAUUUUUGGCACAUUUCGCAAAAGAUGAACAAACGAUCGAAGACGCGCGUACCGUUAACGCGUACGAAGACCACAACGAAAAGUAAUUCCUUGGAAGUUGGUAAAUCACGAGAGGGGGGUCGAAAGGUUGGAAAACGUGUCACGGGAAGAGUGAUUGCUCGGCGAAGCGGCUUUUCUUCCGAUUGCUCGUUCGGCUUCGUUCGUCGCGAAGAGACAGCGAGAAACGAGAAGAAACCACGCGUCCACUCGUUUGCCGCAGUGUUGACUUUCGAGAAUCGUCCGCGAUAGAACCUGUCGCGGAGUGAACGUGGCGGGAAACGAUCGAACAUCCAACGAAUCGCAAUAUCCCGAAAUCAAUCCCCUCUCGUAGGUUCGCCCUUCCAAGUCGAGAGAAUAGGAGAACGCAUGGUACAGGGAGAACGUUCCGCGGAUCAGCCGUAAUUGGAAACUUUGGGUGCGUUGAUCGUAUAGCCUUUCACGACUCGCGAAACCUUCGACGUUCACCGAUUUGAUGUUGCGAGCAUAUUUGGUGCAAAUAAAAAAGAUACAACGAGACCAUUGGAAACCGUCCGGUUCUCGCAAGCAUUCGUCCAGUGUUUGAAAACUGCCUUUUUUCUAUUCAACCUUUUAACGACGAGUAAUAUUUUUUAUUUGAUCUUCGGAACGGUACUUUAUAUACACGAGGAACGAACCGUCUGGCUGAAAAAUGUUGAAACAAAGGUGAACCGGACACACAUCGAGCCCUGGGGCAAAAAGACAAAAGUGUUAAUCAAGGAGUACGUCGCGACGAUCCCAUUGAUGCGUUUUGUGCAUACCUAUGCGCGCGCCUGUAUGUAUAAUAUGUAUGGUUGCAUGUGUGUGUGCGCGCGUGUCUCGCGAAGCAAAAAGGAGAAAUGUAUGUUUUUAUUAAUAUUAACUAUAUAUGCUCUGUAUAUGUCUUGUAAAUAUUAUAUAUAUAUAUAUAUACAUAUAUGCAUAUAUAUAUACAUAUGAAUUAUAUAUAUACAAACAUGUAUAUAUACAUGUAUAUAUAUAUACAUAUAUAUUUAUGCAUUUCUGUUUAACAUAUUGGAAGCAGUAGUUUGAGGACAGCCAAAAUUGUUUCCGAUUAUUUCGAUUCUCCGAUUAAUUUAGAGAUUCGUCUAUCGUUCUUUGCAAUAUCAUUUGUCUGGUGCGCAGAGGUUAUCCCACGAGUCGAGACAUCUGAUCGAUUCCUCCCUGUCUCUCUUGCUUAACAUUUUCUCUUCCGUAUCAUCAAUCUUUGGUCUUUCUUUCGACGUUUGCCACAUCGUACUUAUAAACAGCGACAGAUUUCGAAAUACAUUUACAAUGGAAAUACUUGCAAAAAUUUGAAGGAGAAUACUCAUCCACCCUUUGUAUCAUCGUAGCGAUCAUCUUCUCGUUAUUUCGGAUAAAAUAAUAGAUCGACGAGAUAAGAACAAAGAGAAAUAAAAUUCGUAACGUGUAUGUCUACGUUGUUUGAUGGAAAACGAUCGAGAGAAAGACAAGGAUACAGCCUGCCGCGAGAUCAGGAAAUCUGUCCAAAAUCGUCAAAAAGAAAAACAGAUUGCGAUAAACAAGGAAAAUAAAUAGAUGUAUCGUCGUAUCCAGGUUCGAUCAGUUUCUUCUACGGUGAAUAAGCUCUCGUCGCAUCAGCGUCGUUACCGUGUAGUCUCCUUGCGAAACCUGAUUCUUUGGGACAUUGUAAUCGCAAAGCGUUUAACAUCGACGUAACUACGAUAUAUGUCUUACGCACACGGACGUACAAUAUUAAAAAAGAACAAUGUGGUGUAAAAAAUGAAGAAACGUACCAAUUCGGUGUAUUAAUCCCCUCGCCCCCCCUCCAUGGACGAUCGAUACAAAUUCGCCUCAAACUGAACAAUCUUUCUACCUUUGAUAAAUAAUAUAUUGCAAUGACUAAUAAAACGGCACAAGAAAAAAAUAAGAAAAGAGAGAGAGAAAGAAACAGGAGAAUAGAAAAGAACGAAAAAUUCCAUUACUUCCGGUUGAUGCGAAUUUGUUACGUCCAUAGGAAUGCGUUGACGCACAUGUUGUUAUCUAAUUGUUAGUAGAUUCAGGUUUAUACCGGCAAUUGUUAAUAAAGUUAGUAAGCAAAUA